AUGGUUUUUUACGCAUGGUUUACUUUUUGGUUUAGAGGUUGUUACAGUUCUGCAGCUGCUGGUAAUGCACCAGUGAUCGAAGGUUUGCUGAGUAGAAUCGAGAAUUCUGCGGAAUACAAUGAACCUGAUGAACUUCUUUCUAAUAUCGCAGCUGGAGUGUCUUCAGGGCACUCAAGAUACGAAUAUUACAAUGCAUGGUUCAACUUACAUGUAUUUCUCGGAUAUUUCGACAAUAUAGUUCGGGUGUUCGAAAAUUAUAUCAAGAACCGCUCUGCUGAUGAAGUAAUAAAUGUGAGUCAGCUUUUUUUUCUUGACUGCUCGCUACUCCUCAAUCUUGUCCACUAUUACGUGUUAGAAGCGCCGAGAAAACGUAAGUUAGAGGACUUUGAGCAUAUUAACACCUUAAGAAACCUCUACGAUACAUUAUUAACCAAGCACGCUGAACAGCUUAAAUGUAUGGCGUACUUGCAGCGUUUUUUGCUUCAUCUUUCCGGGUUGAUCAAGGCACUCAAAAAAGUUGUUUACAGACAUGUGUUGGACACAGACACUGAACUGCAGGAAGCAAUCUUAAAAGUGCUUUCUCUGACCCUUUUUUACAAGGCAAUUGAGGAAAACUUCACGUUGCCUCUCGAUUGCCAGUUCAAAGAUAAUCUAUCGCAAGAUUUAGAACAGGCAGCAUCUGUCGAACUUGACACAGCCCCAGAACUAAAUGUAUUGGACAGUGAUACGAGCCAUGACCUACGCAACCUUAUGAUCGUGGUCCGAGACACAUAUUUAUUCAUAAAGAAACAGAAAAAACUUUUUUUCGAAGGAACUGUCAUUAUAAAGAACGAAAUUGAUUGCAAAUUUGUAUUAUCAACCGUACGAAGAUACUUUAGAUUUAUGAAAUUGAACAAUAAUGCAAUAUCUGGAAGAAAAAACAGGCUAAUUCGCUUCUUUGAGUGUCUUCGACUAAAACAUAUGGCAGACGAUAUGCACAAGCUAAAAAGGUACUUUAGAAUCACUAUCAGAAAAAAAAUUGAAAAUUCUAAAGAAUGGAAUGCCAUGUUCGAUGUUUGGAUGAACAUAUCUGAAUAA